UGAUCGUUAGAUUUUGAUUAAUGUGAAUAUUUGUGCGGUAAAGUUGCAAUACGUAGAAUUUAGAAUUAUCGAUAUUUCGCCAUAACGAGGUGUCUGUCGUGUGAUUUGUAGAAGAGAAAUACCGAUAAUUGGAUCAUUCGUUCAACUGCGAAAACUUGAAAUUCUCUUUCCACACCAUUUGAUUGUGAACGAGAAACAAUUUUUCCAGUUAACUCGGAACGUCAUUCGAUAUUGGAACACUUGGAAAAAAGAUCAGUACAUCGUUAAAACAGCAUAUCCUUGAUACAUUUCGCCGUUGAAAAAUAAAUGCUCAAUUAUUGUUAUAAAAUGAUAGAAUCCGAUCACAGUGAAAUUGAGGGAGAAGACAUGGAUAGACUGCAACUAUCAUCUACUUCUGUAGAUGACACACCAAAAAAAAGGCCAAGAGAUUCUGAAGAUGAAAUAGAUUUAUCUAAAAAACGGCAAUGUUUAUUUAAUGAACGGUCAGAAAUAUUAGAGAGUGAUAACUCUGAAACUGUUUCAGAGGAAAAUAAUACAGAGAGAUGCCAUAUGAAACUGGAAAGAUAUAAAUUGUAUCGAGAAAAUCGUCAAAGUGUACAAGAGGUAUCUCUAUCUGAAUCAGACAUGGAUGGGAAGAAUAAAGAGAAACAAGGAGGUAAUUUGAAGCAAGAAAAUGAAAGAGAAACUGAGAAUAAUAUUACUUUAAACAAAAAUCCUGGGGAAAUAAAUAUAAAUUAUAACAUUAAGGAGGAAAUUGUGGAAAGCAUGGAUAAUUCAUUCCAAAAGUCUAUUACAAAUGCAAGUGUGAUGUCUAUUCCUGAAAGCAAGAAAGAAACAACAGGAGGCAAUGAGGUUAAAGAAGAAAAUGGCAAAACGAUGACUAGAGAGGAAAAUAACAAGGAGGAUGAAAUGAAAAAACGACAUACCGCUAAGAAAUGUACUGUCGAUACAGAAGUGGUAGACGGACUGGAGCUUUCCGUGGAAUGUGCGAGUGAUAGGGAAGAAUCUAGUUCUGAGAAUGAAGAUGAAAAAGAUGUGAAACCACGACCGAAGACAAUAAUCGUAAAUGCAGAGCCAAAUGAGUCGGAAUUAGACUGUUCAUCAGAAGAAGAAAAGCCUGAUUUGCAACAGAUAGCCGACACAUUGAAGAUUAAAUCGGAAAAGAGCAGGGAAAAAGCAGCGAAGAAAAAAGGUUCGCGAACAAGUUUUAGUAAAUUGAAAACUUCUGGAUCAGAGGACAGUCAGAAUAACAAUUCAGAUGAGGAUUAUAGUCCACGGACGAAGAAGAAAAUGACAAAAUCUCCAGCUACGAGGAAAUCAACCGACAAACAUCGCUCGGUCGAAUCAAAAAGAGGACGAGGUAAAGAUAUAAGAAAUUCUCACCCAAAAAAUACCGAAUGUCUAAUAUCUGAUGAUGAGGACACAACUGCAGCAGAGAAAGCUAAUAAAACGACUACAAUUAAGAAUGGACUGCAGGGAGAAUUAUCCAACACGGAAUCGUCCAGUAAAGAUGAAAGUGAUAAUAAUUCCGAAAAAGAAGAGAGAUCUAUGAAAAGUGGAAGGGGAAGCCGUGGUAAUGAUAAAGGAGAUAAACAGAUACAGAGGUUGAAGAAAUAUUUAAAAGUUGCUGGUGUAAAAGUUCAAUCGUACAAUCGCAUUUGGGCCGAUUGUAGGAAUAACACUGCAAAAGUUAAUCGUCUGAAGGAAUUGUUAAAGAAAAACGGCGUUAGUGGUAAACUAUCGUUGGAAAAAUGUAAACGAGUGAGAGAAAAGAAUGAAAAGAUGAAGGAGGUAUCUGAAUUGGAUAUGUCAAACAUUAUAUCUGAAGGACGAAUUACACGUGCACGAAGAAGUAUGGAUACCGUUAAAAAGACAGUUCCAGACACACCACCGCGAUAUCGAGAGCAUAAUACUUUUCGGCGUAUUCAAACUGUUGUUGAUAGCGAUUCAGAAUAGAGGGCAUAGCAUGCUCUCAUAAUCCAUAAAUAUUGAAUAUAAUGUAAUAUAAAUUUAAUAUAAAUUUAAUGGUGAAUUCGGCACACAUGCCACUGACUCCGCUCUAGUGCUGCCCUGACAUGCCCUGCGAGUGCAGACCUACUUUAGUGCUAUGCCAAAUUGCACUGUCAGAAACGUUAGUGCAACAUUUUUUUAACUCGUUCAGUUCAUUCGAUUUGUCCAAAUAUAAUCAGCACUACACUGAGACAGUGCGCACAAGCCGAAUACGUGGCGCCGAAAAAGUUCGCACUCGGUGCGCACUAGUGCAGUCUGCCGAAUUCGCUACAAGUAUUUAAACAUCAGAGAAUAUGUGCCAACAAUUGUGUAUAUAUCGUGUGUGUGCGUGUGUGUACACACGUGCACGCCGUCCUGUCCACGUCUGUGUAGAAUGUUUUGUUUUUAAAUUUUCAUAUAUCAUAAGGUGCGUUCCGUAUCGCGCAUGAUGUGCAUGAU